AUGAGCAGCAACGAAGAAAUUGAACCACAUAUUUUAAGAAAGUUUGAAAUCAUUCAAAAAUUGGGUAAAGGAGCUUAUGGUAUUGUUUGGAAAGCAUUUUGCAAGAAGUCAAAGCAAAUAGUUGCUUUAAAAAAAGUAUUCGAUGCAUUCCAUAACGCUACUGAUGCUCAAAGAACAUUCCGUGAAGUAAUGUUCUUGCAAGAGCUUAAUGGACACGAGAAUAUCAUUAGGCUAAUCAACAUCAUCAAAGCAGAAAAUAAUAAAGAUUUGUACAUGGUUUUUGACUUCAUGGAAACUGAUUUACAUGCUGUUAUUAGAGCAAAUAUAUUAGAAGAAAUACACAAAUAGUAUGUUGUCUAUUAAAUUCUUAAAGCUAUGAAAUACAUUCAUUCAGGUGAACUGAUCCAUCGUGACUUGAAGCCAUCUAAUAUCCUCCUAAAUAGCGAAUGCUUGGUUAAAUUAGCUGAUUUUGGACUUGCCCGUUCCGUUGCAGUUACCGAUGAUGAUGACAAUCCUGUCAGAACAGAGUAUGUUGCUACUCGUUGGUAUCGUGCCCCUGAAAUCUUAUUAGGUAGUACUAAAUAUGCUAAGGCUGUUGAUAUGUGGAGCAUCGGCUGCAUAGUAGGAGAACUUAUAACUAACAGAGCUAUCUUCCCAGGUAAUUCCACUCUCAAUCAAAUUGAAAAAGUUUUAGAAUUGACUGGUAAACCCACUUAGGAAGAUAUUGAGUCGUUAGAAUCCCAACUAGCAUGGAAUAUCAUAAGUUCAAUUAAUGUUUAAAAGAAAAAAACAUUCCAUUAAAUGUUCCCUGGUGCAAGCGAAGAAGCAAUUGAUCUCAUCAAGAAACUCCUCUGUUUCAACCCUAAAAAUCGUCUUACAGUUGAAUAAGCCUUAGAGCAUCCUUACGUUAAAGACUUCCACUGUCCUGAAGAAGAAAUUGUUUGCGGAAGAGUCAUCCCCAUCAGCAUGAACGACAAUAAAAAAUUCUCAAUCAAAGAAUACAGAGAAGCACUUUAUAAUUAAAUUUACUAAGAAAAGAGAAUCAAACGCUAAUAAAACAGAGACAUUUACCUUAAGCAAUAAUAAUAAAUUACUACAACUGGAAAUGGGUAGGUUUCUUAAGCUGGAUAAUCUUCCCAACCAGUUUCAUCCCAACAAAUACCUUCCUCUUCUUAAUCUACUUAAUCAUCUGUGACUCAAUAGUAAUAGCAAUAAUAGCAGUAAGAAAAAAGCAAGAACCAAUAUCAAAGCAGCUCCUCUCAAUAGUAGUAAGCUUAACAGUACCAAUAGUAGCAAUCCCUUUAAUAACAAUAGGUACCUUAGCGCCAAUCGUCUCAAUCCUCUUAGCCUUAAUCUCAGUAAAGCAUAUAAUAAAAUUAACAGAAGUACUAAUAGUCAUAGUAAUAAUAAUAGCGUUACUUUGAUCAGGAAAAAGAAUAGUACAAGCCAAAUGCUCAACAAUAAUACCUUCAAUAGUAACAACAACUCCAAUAAUAGCAAGCUUUACAACAAUAAUAAAUGCAAAAAUCUUAUUACAACUCACAAAACUUUAAUAGUAGCUAAGUUUAAGUCUAAUAAGGUAACUCAUAAUCAACAUCUCAAGGAAAUAAUUACAGUGGCUACAAAUCAGGAAGCUAGGCCAGCACCACUAAUGCAUCAUCUUCAGCUUAAUAUGCUGGCUAUGAUGACAAAAAAGUACUAAUGAACUCUUCUAAUUAAAUUUAAAAUAAAAAUUCCUCUUAAGUCUACACUCAAAGCUAAGGAGCAAACUAAGCUAGCUCUUCAAACACAUAGCAAUAAUACUUACCUAGUUCUUCAAAUACUAUCUAUGGAUAGGGAGUAACAAAUUCUAUUGCUAACAGCAAUAAUCUUUACAAUUAAGCUUAAUUGAAUGGCUCCAAGUAGCAAUCUUCAUCACUAGGUCACACAUAAAAUAAGUAUUCAUCCACUUAAGCUUAUCAAUAAGCACAGCCCUCUAAAUAUAUGAAUUAGACUUAAAAUGCUUAGAAAUAUGUCAAUAAUAACAACAAUAGUAACGGGUAGUUAGGAGGAAGCUAGAAUAAUAUUGGUGGAAGUUAAACAAACUCUUAAAAUCAUUACUAAGCUGCAUAGUAAUAUCUCUAACAACACAUGUAAUAGCAAUAGUAAUAACAACAAGUUUAAUAACCAUAGACUAAAUAUGGAGUUACUUACCACCAUGGACAUUCACAAAGUUCUGGAUCAAGUAACACCUUUGCCUAGUAUUAGCAACAUUACCAAUAAUAGCAACAAAGAACAACAGGAGUAACUGCUAAUCACUAGAGAUAGCCUUCAAAUAAUGCUCAAAAAGUUCGCAAAGUAGAAUAAAAAAUGUGA